AUGGAUAUCGAUGGUAAUUUUGUGGGACAAGAUAUAGAUGAGGAUAUAAAGAAAGAGGUUCUAGAUUUACUUAGGACAAAGCCUGUCAGCGAUGUCAAAGAUUAUUUGCUAGAAGUAAAUCAUAAUUUGUCCACCACUGAUGAAAAAUUUAACAAUCAAUUGAAAUUACAUUAUUCUGUUAUCUUACGUGUGAUUCAAAAUAUUGCAGUGCUGCAUAGUGAUCUAAGUGAUGUGGAUACCGAAUUUAGAGAAUUAUGUUUUAAUGAUAACCUUUACCAAAUUCGUAAGUUGCCUACAUUUCGACCUGUUAGUUUGCCAGCCGAUCAUGAUCCAUUUGAAAGUAACAACAACGAUUUACAAAACGUGACUUUAGGGAUAACGAACUGGAUUCUAGCUGUAACGACCUUCAUUAAUAGAUUUGCAAAUUCUAAUGAAAAUGGUAAUUCCUUCUUCGAAGAAAUGAUUACACAUACAUUGAAACUAGGUGAUAACAAGGAUGAUUCAAAAUUUAUUAGAUAUAAAUAUAUCAUCAAGAAAAAAGCUCUUUCUUUACAGACGUAUAUUGUUGAUUCAUUGAUAGCACAUACAAUAACAUUGAACUUAGAACAAAGUAUCAGUUUAUUCAACCUUUUUCAUUUUACAAUUCCGUUCUUCUCCUGGGAUUUGUUAUUGACAGAACAAUAUAAUAACUUAUUGUAUGAUAUGAUAUUGGAGGAUUAUGAUAUCGAGUCAUUUUACGGUGAUAAAAACAUAAUUAAUAUCAAGUCCCCAUCUGUGAAAGAUUUCUUACAAUCAUCCUUAUUUAAGAGUAAUGUAAUACAAAGAUUGAUUGACAAUAUAGAGGACCAGUUGACCCAGUUAGAGAAUACUGGCAAUAACAAUAACACAUCUGUUAUAGAGGAAACUCCGAAAACUGAGAAACAGAAUAAAGAAAAUGAUGAUGAGUAUGAAGAUGAAGAUGAUAUGGAUAAUGAAAUAUCAACAAUUGUCAAUAAUUCACUUAUGCAAGCAAUGGGUCUUAUCUAUGACAAUGAUAUCAAUGAAUAUAAUAAUAUUGAACAAAUAAUGGACCAAUUGAAUAACCUAAAGGACCUUAAAGCAGAUUCAAUAAGGGUCCAAACUUUGAAGGAAAGACUUCUAGCUUAUUUGCAAGCAAAACAAAACCAACUUUCAAAGAAUGGUAUCGUUAUGCAACCGCAAAACACCGAUGAAACCGUACAGACCAUUUUGCACAAUUACAACAUGGUCAAUCUUGAAGACUUGAUCAGCCAACAAAUAGCGAAACUACACAAUACAGCAACAGGCUAA